UUAAGCCUUGCAGUUCAGUAGCCUUGUAGAGACCAUUUACUGCCAUUGCGCUGGAACCCUCCGCAUCGUAACGUAGUGUUGUCAGGCUAAGCAAUGUAUGAACAAUUUUGCUGAGACGUGGAUUAAGUACUGAAGAUUUUCACGGGAAUUUUACUAACUCUAAUUAAUUAUGAAGAUCCAAAACAACCAUCUGCUUCUCGUCUCCUUGGUGAUGAUCUAUUGCACUGCUGUCAACACGUAUGCUCUUGACAAGACGGCGAGUGAUAUACUUUUGGAACAACAUCAUUCUGGGAACUCAGGCGUAAAUGUACCUUUUGAGAAACGAGCUAUACCCCUGUCACUGAACGGAGAUCUGCGCAUGCUUGCCCGGAUGUUAUAUGCUUCUCAACGACGUCGCCGCGUCGAUCGUUUCGCUAGCGUUCGACAGCAAAUGUCUAACUUGGGCAAGCGCAGUGGGGGAGUUCAACAUGAUAAGGACAACGACGAUCCUAUACGAAACUCGCAGGAUACGUCAAUACGUACAGAACAACAAACACAAAUCAGAUCUACUGUUCCAGAUUAUCGACUUGUAUCAGCAGAUGGUUACCAAAAUGUACAUCCAAGAUCAUCGCUCGCUUAUGAAGACCCAGAGGAGUUCCAAAAGAGAAGUCAAAGGUUGUCAAUUAACGGGGCUCUAUCAUCAUUGGCGGACAUGUUGGCAGCGAGUGGCAGACGACAACUCAAGGAAGAGCUUGCUGUUAACAGACAACGACUAUUGAAACUGGGGCGUUAAUCAAGAACGGGUGCUUACAUUGACGAUGGAACAGAAAAUUGUAAAGACCGGAAACGACAAUGCGCACGUCAUUUCAUUACGUAAUCAGUUAUGAAUAUUCAAAACAGGUGUUCAGAAGACAAGGAACAUUGAUAUUUUUCAUGAAGUCUAUAGAUAUAUAUUUUAGAGAUAUACAUACAUUUAUUGGAAGAGGGAAAUAACAAGAUGUGUUCGUAUAGACGUUUAUCAUAGGUUAUUGGUUUCUGUAUUUGUAAUAAUAUUUCUCUAUUGAUAACGUUGUUUCAUUUAUGAAGCUGGUCUUUGUGAAUUCGUAUUAAUAUGUGUUAUGUGAUAUUAUUCUGUUUCAGUUUAUAUGUGAUUUCAAUUGAAGAACAAAUAGCUUGAUUUCUUCUUUAACAUCUAUGGUGAAUUUUAAGAAGUGACUUCGUCUAAAGCACGAAGGAAAAAUGUUUUCUUUUUUAUUCGUUUAAACUAUUGCGCGGUAGGAAAAGGAAACGCGUCUUUUUUGACUCUAAAACUUGUACACAGCGUUUCCCUGCUCGAUGUUGAACGAUCACAAAUUAAAAAAGCCAUAUAUGUAUAAAUAUGUAUAUUAAAGAAUACACAUAAGAAUUUAUUGUUUUUCAUUAUUAGAUUUUGUUUAUAUUGUGUGUGAUAGUGUGUAGUUUCUUUUGCUUACCUUUGGAUUCUAAAACAAUACAGAUCAUGUCUUCAAAAAUUAAAGUUAAAGUUAAUUUCCAAUACAGGAGCCGAUAGAGCUCAGCUCAUCCACACUGGACUCAAAAAUUUAACAAUUGUAUAAUUUAAAGUUCAUUGUUAAUUAAAUUUGCCCUAUAAUUAUAAAAUAAAGUUUUUCAUU